AUGACACUGUGGAUGCUGUACUACAAAAAUGGUGGUCCACAAAGUCGUGCCGCCAAAAGUAAAAAACCUUAUGAUAAGAACAAACUGGUCACAUGGCGACUUGGUUGUGAACUGGGAAUUGUUAUGGAUUCUGACUGCCCUGUAGAUGGAGGAUGGUCAACUUGGACUGCUUGGUCUGCUUGUCUAGGAUCAUGUGAUGAGACCGGUCAUCGGAGGAGGACCAGAGCUUGCGUCAAUCCACCUACUUCUAAAGAUGGUCUACCCUGUAGUGGACCGGAGCAAGAAAUUGAACCCUGCUUUCAGACCAACUGUACCAUUGCAGACUUUAGAAAGUUAAUUGAAAAUGAUCCAGCAAGAAUGAUUGGACUCCGACAAUUAGAAGCAGUGCCUGUCGUGUUAGACCAAUGUCUUCAAAGGGAAUGCCCGUAUGAGGCAAUUGAAGCAGCAUUAACCACAGAUAAUACUUGGCAAUUAAGUGCCGAAGCGUUAUGGAAUGCUUUGCAAUGUGUAAAGCGAAAUUUGGGUUGCCCAUUAACUGGACAAUGGGGUAAUUGGGGUCCUUGGUCGGCAUGCGGGGCGCUUUGUGGGAAAGGAUUGCAGUGGAGGUAUAGAAAAUGUGACUCUCCAGCUCCUUCAGACGCUCGUCUUGUUUGCUCCGGUGCACCGUUGCAGUAUGAAGAAUGUGAAGGGGAUCAGUGUGCGAUAGAUGAACCCGCAGCUCUUGGGUAUUCGACAGGCGGCGCCUGGAGUGGAUGGGGUCAGUGGUCGGAUUGUUCAGAACGCUGCGGCGUAGGUAUUCGGCGUCGGAAAAGACAAUGCGUUGAAAAACAUGCUUCUUUGUCAUCAUUUGUAUGGGGGACAUUUUGUCGCGGUCAAUACGACCAACUUGAAGUGUGUUCUAACAAAAACUGUAAGCUUAAUGGGGGUUGGUCAGGCUGGGGGGGUUGGGGUCCAUGUUCACAAACUUGUGGAGCGGGGAAGCGGUCUAGAUCGAGAUCUUGCACACGGCCGAUACCUUUUGGUGGAGGGGCUAAGUGCUACGGUUCACGAACCGAGGUUGGACCAUGUCAUUUAAAUCCAUGUGACGUUUACUCUCAUAACAUAGCGUUAUUUAACGGCGAUUCUGUAUUACAGUACAAUUUUCCAAGAAAGCAUUCUACGUUCUUUCAUUUUUAUAUGCGUUUUAUGCCAUUGUCUCCCACAGGUACACUUGUACGAAGAGGAUCUUUAAAUAAUCCAUUAGUGCGACUCUACAUGCAUAAAUGGCACGUAUGCUUAGACGUAAGCGGUUCGUCAAAAUCAUGUUAUAUUCCACGACUUUGUUCACCAACUGCAAUUGAUCCCGCAGCUUGGCAUUCAGUUUUAGUAACAUUGACAAAUGAUGUAGCUAUGCUUAGAAUAGAUGAUACACCAGUUCCAAUUAAAGAUUCAUUCUCCUGCGAUCCUGAGUUAGAAAAAAAUGAUGUGCAAAUUUUCGUCGGAAAUAGAUAUCAUGGUGCAGUUCAAGAAAUGAUGCUCAACUUUAUUCCACUGAGUAUGUUCAUAGAAAAAGAACACCUUACACAGAAAUCAGAUUUCUUCCCAACAUUCGCGUCUAAUAUGGCCUACGACAAAGCAAAUUUAGAUGAAGCUUUUAUUAAUUUAGACAAUGAUUACUAUCUGCGUGUACCAUGUUUUGGUACCAGUAAAAAUAGUUGGCGAAUAGAUUUAACAUUAAAGCCUAAUACAGGUACUGGCAUGAUAUUAUUUAUUUUUGAUAGCACACAUGAUUAUUGGAUAUCACUUUCGUUACAAAAUUUGAGACUAAAAAUUAAAUUAAACUUAAGCGAACGCAAGCCAGAACUACUUAGCUCAUCCGAAUGUGUACCUCAUCAAUGGCUAGAUUUAUCCCUCACUAAAAAGAAGGCUGCCAAUAUUAUAGAAGCAUCAAUCAACGCGGGCGAGAAACUUCAUAUUCUUUUAGAAAAUGAUAGAUGUAAAAGGACAGAGUAUACAAACCGUGAUAGUGAUAAGAUACAAAUUGAUUGUAAUGAAGAAUUUUUUGUAGGUGGUUUUCCACAUUAUAUUAAAAGCAAGGUAACUGAAGAAAUACCUUCGUUUUCUGGAAUUAUCGCUUCCCUUAAAAUCAACAAUGAAUUGUUGGAUCUUCAUGAUUAUAGUAUGGAGAGAAAUAAAGGCAACAUGGUACAAUUAUCCUCACGGACAGCAAGUAUUUCAGGAUCCUAUCAUGAAUUAAUGUGGGGUAAAUCUAACAAGCUCAAUUUAACCUGCCUAUAUUCUAAAAGAAUAAAAACAUCAAAAGAAUUGAGUUACUGGACUUUUUUGGACACCGCUAUUAAUGAAAUAUUAAAGGAUAAAAAUAUUACGUCUUUGGAUGACGGCAGAAUUCUCAGAUUAUCAUUAGAAGCAGAAAAUGAAUUGCGAGGUUUUUACACAUGUCGAUCUUAUUAUAAUAAAAGAACACGAAACAUCAUAACGUAUGGAGUUAUCGGUAAAUUUAAAAAUGACAUUACUGGACCUGAUCUGACCACUAUAACAGCUGUUAUUACAACAGUGUCGCUUAUUAUUUUUACAUUAGUAUGGCUUAUAAUAGAAGGUAUACACGAUCUUCGCGAUGGAUAUGGUUUUUUUCGUGAUGCACAUAAUAUGUCUCCCGAAAGAGAAGCUGAAGCUGUUUGUAAGUAUAUCGAUCAAAAUAAGCACUUACUGGGCAGUAAAAGUGCUGUCAGACUUGCGAAAGCUAGAGCGAAACGUAAAGCGAGACAUUUAGCAAGUCAGAUCAGUUUCGCAGCUAAGGAUGAGGAAGCUGCAAUGCCAACUAAUAAGGACGAGGUAUCUGCCGUGGAUGAAGGGACAGAAUCUGAGCCCGAGGUGUUGCCUGCUUUGCCAGAUGUCAAGUCUGCAGUCCUUGAACCGUCCCAUGAAGUGUUUCGAUGCGAACCUUCCUAUGUUAGUUCUCCCAAACACGGUUCGAACAUUACAUCACCCGGAACAAAAAUAACGUCAUCGUCAUCUUUAGACAGCUCCCCGAGACACCUUUGUUCGAGAUUGUUGAUGAGUAAAAUUAAAUAUUCUUCAAAGGAAAGUUUACGGACCAAAAGGAUUCAUCGGAAUAAAAAGCUUUCAAACGGAUCUCAAUUGUUGACUAUAAAAUCAUCUACGUAUGUGAAUUUAUCGCCUGGUCAACGUAUAUUACAAAAAUUCCAUGAAUUAAAAUCAAUGGAUGAUUAG